AAAGGAGUCAGUGAAUGUGACACCCUUACAAAUGCACAGAAAACAGCCCCUCCAGCAGCAGGAAAUCAUGAUCCGGCUCCAGGAGCGCGUUUAGCUCGCUAACAACAACCCCACAGCGGAGCUUCGUGUCACUUUCCUCCACCUACCGCGUCCUCGGAGGCUGCAGCACCAUGGUGGAGCAGUCGGAUCGAGCCCCGCUGCUGGACUGGGAGGAGAUCCCACCGCCCGAUCCGAACCAGGCGGCCCAGCCACCGCCUCGAGAGGAAGACACCGCGGCGGAGAAAAGUUCGCAUCCAGCUGGGAGGCGUACACCGACGGGCACUGCGGCUGGCAAUGGGUGGAGUAGCGGCAGCGACAGCACCGCCACCAUCGCUGCCGCUAUCACCUGCAGCCCCGCACGGAGCGUAGCAGCUGUUGUCAGCGCGGACAGGAGCCCGAGCCGUCCGCACACGGAGCUCUCCACGCACGGGCGUGAUCGCCCAGAGCCUCUCGGUACAGAUGGGAUCGUUCCCUUCCCCGGCCUCACAGGGAGGAAUCAGUGGGAAGAAAAAGAUCAGAUCGUGGCUGUGUUUGUGGUUACUUUUGAUACAAGAUCAGGGAACAUGGUAGAGUGGUGCCUGCCUCAUGACAUCAACCUAGAUGGAGUGGAAUUCAAGUCCAUGGCCAGCGGUUCCCACCGGAUCACUAAUGACUUUAUUUAUUUCCGUAAAGGCAGUUACUUUGGGCUGGCCUGUUUUGCUAACAUGCCUGUGGAAAGUGAGCUGGAGCGAGGAGCAAGGAUGAAGUCGGUGGGAAUUCUGUCUCCUUCCUACACUCUGCUUUACCGCUACAUGCACUUCCUGGAGAAUCAAGUCAGACUUCAGCUUCAGUAUCCAGGCCAGUAUUCUCCACUAGAGGCCUUCUACGAGGAUAAGAAGGCUGUUCUCCCUCCUACGGGAAAUGGCCUGGUCACUGCUUGUCCGACUUGGAGCAUUACCACUAUAAACCGCUGCAUGCACCCAGAAAUGAAGAUCACCCACCCAGCUGGCUGCAUGUCCCAGUUCAUCCAGUUUUUUGGGGAGCAGAUAAUGGUGCUGUGGAAGUUUGCGCUGCUGAGGAAGCGUCUCCUUAUCUUCUCCCCUCCACCGGUUGGUGUGGUCUGCUACAGGGUGUAUUGCUGUUGCUGCCUGGCCAAUGUCUCUAUACCUGGAAUUGGGGUUUCUGUUCCUGAACUGCGACCUUUCUUCUACAUCAACAUCGCUGACAUCGGUGCACUGGAAACAGAGCUGUCAUAUGUAGCUUGCACAACGGAGAAGAUUUUUGAGGAGAAGAAGGAGCUGUAUGAUGUCUACAUCGAUAACCAGAACGUGAAGACCCACAGAAGCCAUUUGCAGCCGCUGCUCAGGCUGAACGCUGCAGAUAAGGAGAAGUACAGGAAACUGAGUGAACAGAGGCAAAUGCUGCUGUACUCUCAGGAAGUGGAUGAAGACUGCACGUCAAACGAAGAGGAUCUUUUCAUUCUGUUCUUCAUGGAGCUGAAUAAUCGCAUCUUUCAGACCCUGUCUGAGGUAGCAGGAAGCUCUGAGCCGACCCUCACUGCUGACCACGUGAGGGCCAUGGGGCUGGAUCCCCAUGGUGACCGCUCUUUCCUCGCAGACCUGCUGGAGGUGUACGGCCUCGAUGUCACAAUUGUCAUAGACAACCUCUGCUGCCCCUGAGCCCUCUCACCUGGAUGCCACAGGAUUUUUUGUGCCAGCGAGGCCCACACACCAAGACACUGAAGACACUGCCUCUAUCAUAGAACUCCAUCAAUGUCUGCUUUCCCUUUCCUGGGUGUCUCGUUCCCGUCGUUUGUGUGCGUCCUCUGACCUGUGGAGACACUCCACAGUGCACCAGGUCACAAAAACCUGCCAAGCAGGGGGCAGCUGUGAGCUCUGACAGACACUUACAUCUUACGUCACCCACAGAGGACUGUUUUUGACAGAAAUAUGGUCUCUUUGUGUUUGCGCUCAUUUGACUUGGACUCUGGCUCGUGUGGUCAGAAAUUCAGCCUUGGAUAAAAAUAUAAAAGCAGGAUGCUGAUGGAUGCCACUCGUCACAAUAAAGAAAUCACUGACACUUUUCCAGUCCUGCAGCUCUGGUGUCCACCUCCGCUUUGAGUUAUAUUCGGAACGGUUCUGCCACUGGAAAUGAAUAUGUGUGCUUCUAAUACCUUUUCUGGAAUAUCGAACAGACUCAGAUCUCCUGCUGUAAUCCUGUAGCUGUAGUAUCUGUUUCAGAGAGAAGGUAAAAUGGAAGCUUUUCAAACACUUUAUUUGCCUUUCACAAAGGAAGCAAUAGGAGCAAAGCAUUGAAAGUAUCUUUUAAUGUUUAGUGUUUUUCUGUUACGUUUCAUGAUUUUGAGAGGUGAGGUAAUGCUGGAAAAUGGUACCUUUUGUUAAUUGGGAGGUGUAAUUAACAUGAAGCGGAAUAAAAAGGAAAACAGGCUGUUAAAAACACUUAAAGCUUUAUGCACUUUGAACACAAGCUUGAUGUGAUCAUAUUUCUCUGUAUUUGUUAAAGUGUUGGUGAUGGGGAUGUUCGUAUUUCAUUAUUUGUUCUUUUUGGUGGAGGAUGUUUCAAUGAAUGUGAUUCUGUAACAUCUCUUGUGAAAGCUGCACCACAGGGAUGUUUCCACCAUCAUGCUUGACUUUACCUUUUCAUGUGCUGGCUUUAUGAUUCACUGGGAGCCAACUGGUUGUCAUGGAGUGGAGACGGGCUGCCGGUGGUCACAGAGCCCGACUCUGUUGAAUGAGGAGUUAUUGAUAGAGCCGUUUGUGGCAGAUCAACAAGUAAGCUACAGAGAGAUCCUCUCCGCUUGUCUGUGUUGACAAAGAUCUCUUUGUUUUGUAAUUUCUUGCGAGAUCUGUUGACAUCCUGAUGGGAGCUGAGCAGAAGCUUUAAGUCCUCCUCUAUGGGCAGAUUCGCUGAAAGGACCCCGCUAAAGGUUUUCAUCACGGUCCCAUUGAGUAAAUCCUGCUUAGAGAUGGGCCAACUGUGUCUUUUGAAUGCUGCUGGUGGAGUUUUAUUUUAGUCCAUCCAUCAUGUUGCCAGUCACACUGAUGCUGGAACACAUGACGCUGAUUGUUGUCUUGCUUGCUGUUCAUUUCAAGUAGAGCAUGUCAACGCGGUAAUGUCCCUCCCAACCCAGAAUUUUUCCUUUUUAUUCACUGGUUAAGCCUGCAAGUACAAUUUUUAUUUCUUUUUUUUCAAGGUUAUAUUCCAAAAAACAUUGUAGGGUUUAUCUCCAGGUUGAGAAUGGCUGAUAUGAGGACUAUAGCUUGACCUGCACAUGGACUUGAUCCUCUAAGAUGUUUUUUCAGUUGGUUAAAAGAGAAAAAACAUGAGGAUUAAAAUGCACUAACUGUUGUGUGUGGAAGAAAAGAGUGAUUAAGCUUUAUUUUUGAAAUGGGGCCUUAAAAAUGUGACUCAAACAGAGCAAGGAGACUUGUAUCUUUUGUUUCUACGUCACCUUCAUUUGCUAAAAUUUCAAGUAGAUUCAAGUCCUUCACUCUUCAGUAGGAUCCUAAUGUGUGUGGACUCCAUUACCAGCUGUAAUCUCUUUUAUCCGACAGCGUUUGCUUCACAGAGCUGCGUCAAAUGUAAAAGGGAAUGUACACAGAACACGUCACUGUAAAAAAGGCCUUCUUUGUGGAAAUGUUCACAGAUGUGUACCAGCUUAACUAAACUCAUCCUUUGUACAGUGUGUCACUACUGAAUGUCAGACAGCAGACGUAUUGCACAUGUGCCGACAUCCAAGUGGUGUUUCCGUUUUCUUCGUGAUUGUAAGUCAAGAGUUCUCACAGGAUAGCAGAUAAAUCUUCACCUCUACUAACGUGAACACUGUAAGAGAUGUCAGUUGCGUACACAGAAGUCAGCAGCAUGAGCAACUGUUCGCUGUACUGCCAUUGUGAAACAAUAAACUGUUGAUACUGUU